AUGUCCGACCUCAUCACUAACCAAGUAGAAAACAAAGAAAUUGAGAAAACAAUAACUACUUUUAAUUUCACCCUCACUUGCCCCCACUGCCAAACUACUCUCACCCCCAAUGACUUUGACUCCAACCACUUCACCAUUGCCCACUUACAGUCUUACUUUUCUCAAAAAGAAUCCGAAUACAAAACCCUCCUCCGUCAACAAUUAGAGUUAGAAAUCACCUCUUUACCAGCUUACCAAACCCUCCAAAAAGAGAACCAAGAACUAAAACUAAUUGUCGAAGGCUACAAACUCGGCACCACUAAAUCCAGUAAAACCAAAGGGGAAGAACUAGAAAAAUAUGCGGUCGAGAAACUCCAAGAAGUUUAUAAUGGCACGGAUACCAUCACCAAGAUUACCCAUGUCGGCACCAAAGCUGACAUCAGCCAAAUCAUUCAGCAAAACCAACAAACUAUUGGCACCAUCAUUUAUGAAGUAAAAAACGACCCCAAAUGA